AAUUAAAUUGGACUGCCAGAUCUAGCUUUUAGAUGUGUGCACUCAGUUCACCUUUAACUCACACAAAACAUCAUGGCACCUUGAUGCACCUUUUAAAAUUAUGGACAUUCCCAUGCACCCUUUAAAAUUAUGGACAUUCCCAUGCACCCUUUAAAAUUAUGGACAUUCUUGAAGCACCCUUUAAAAUUAUGGACAUUCCCGAGGAAACCUUUAAAAUUAUGGACAGUCCCGAGGCAACCUUUAAAAUCAUGGACAGUCCUGAGGCACCCUUUAAAA